AUGUAUCCAGGAAUGGUCCAAAAAAUAUUUCUAGUCAAUCCACCGAAACUAGUUAGUGCUCUAUGGGGACUGGUGAAAAGGUUUCUAAACGAUAAAAACUGUAAUUUGGUUGAGAUUGUUGGAAACAACAAAGAACUAUUGCAAUAUCUCCCGAAAUCAUUUGUACCUAAGGAAUUCGGAGGUGAUUUCGUGAAUAGUGUACCACCUGGCGAUGAGUCCGGAAUGAGCCAAAGACGGAAAAUCACAGCAGAUGAUCAUUUACGCUCGUAUGAGGUGUAUCGGAAGAAAGGCAUCCCACGAGCCAAGCCCAAUCACCAGGAUAUUGCAACCAAAAGUGCGUUUACGUAUGUUGUUGAUGUGCCGUCUGGUCAUGUACUGUUAUGGGAUUUUAGUGCUAAUCAUGAAGUGGAUUUUAUGAUUUAUGUGGAUGGCAAUAAGCGAGAGUUAGUCUAUCCACGAUUGAGACUCAUCUCUACGAAACUUCCCGAAGAGGGUUGCAUUGAGAAUCUGCCACCAAACCAAUACACAUUCGAGUUUUAUAAUGGUAGCAACUUCUUCAAUCUCAAACUAGAUUAUUCGAUUUCAGUUGCACCCGUUUAA